CUGGGAAACAAACACGUAAAUGUCUUAGCACCAGCCUGCCUUGCUUAGUGUGUUGGAGUGCCAAAUUAAGCCGUAGAAGAAACAAAAUAAUUUUCUCUCUCUCCCACUCUUUCUCUCUCUAGAAAAUCAGCUUUUCUUGGGAUGCAUUAAAUGGGUUUAAUUUUACAUAGCCUGCCAUGUGAAGCUUGUCCACUCCAAGUUGAAUUAUACUGUAAAAGAAAUUAAGAUCAUCAUCGAUCAUCAAGUUAGAACCCACUACAGAUUUCUCAAAAACGAAAAAAAAAAAAAAAAAAAAUGAGACGAAAGAUUUAUCUGUUUGGAGAUUCCAUCACUGAAGAGUCCUUUGGUGAUGGUGGCUGGGGUGCUUCUCUCGCCCAUCACUUCUCUCGCAUGGUUGAUGUAGUUCUUAGAGGGUAUAGUGGGUACAAUACGAGGUGGGCCCUACGGGUGGUGGAGAGGGUGUUUCCGGCAGAGGCCGAGGAGGAGGCUGGGAGUGGUGGUGGUGCCGUGCCUCUGGCGGUGACGGUGUUCUUCGGCGCAAAUGACGCUUGCCUUCCCGAUAGAUGCUCUGCUUUCCAACACGUGCCCGUUGACGAGUAUAAGCUCAAUCUCAAAGCCAUUGUCUCCUUUCUCAAGAAGCGAUGGCCAACAACUGAGCUUCUCCUCAUAACUCCUCCACCCAUCGACGAAGCUGGACGGCUUUUAUACCCUUUCAUUGAAAAUCAAUUGGGUUUGCCAGAGAGGACAAAUGAGGCUGCUGGUGCUUAUGCCAAGGCAUGUGUAUCCGUCGCUGGAGAAUGUGGGCUCCCAGUGCUGGAUCUUUGGAACAAAAUGCAACAGAAUCCUGACUGGCGAAAGAUUUAUCUAAGAGAUGGUUUGCACCUGACUGAACUUGGCAACAGGGUUGUGUUUGAGGAAGUGAUUUGCAAGCUGAGAGAGACAGGAUUGAGUCUUGAAACUUUACCCGUUGAUCUCCCGCUCAUAGCAGAGAUUGACCCUACUGAUCCCCUCAGGUCUUUUCAGCAGUGAAACAAUGCAUAUCCCUAGUAGGAUCUUUUUUUCAUUGUAAGUUAUCUUGCCUAUUUUGGUUACAAAAUGAUGUUAUGAACAGCCAACUUGAAUACGAAAUCAUGUUAACUUAUUACUCAGAUGUUCUAAUGCAGUUAGUAUUUUUUUGGUA